CACAGGAGUCCUAUUGAGAAUAAUCGUGCAACGACGUCUAGGAUUAAAUAGCGAUACAUCUGGGCAAAUUAUUUGCCGAGCUAAGCGUUUUAUUUUCCCUAAGGGAACAGCGUCGUUUUCUCGCUCCUCCUUGUUAAUGGGAACUCCGGGUAAAAGGGACAAUCCGAUCUGUCACCGAGACGAUCAUGUCGUGUCUCGGGAGAUCUGAGAGGAAGCGCACGGAUGGGACGGACAGUUGGGGCAUCGAUUGAGGAAUCGAUCUCGAUGUCCGGUGGAAGAUAAAACUCGGCGCUUUCGCAAAAACGAUUAACGGGGUAUCGAACACCUACGUAAGGAAGCAGUGCAACCUGGGGCGAGGGGAAAACGCGAUACUUUCUCUCACGAUCGAUACUUUGCGACUGAUACUUGGCAAAUCAUCAGGGAAACGUAUAUUUGCAAUAAAGUACUCGCUCUCGCGAUACGAAGAAACGACGACGGAGAAGAUACUCGAGAGAGGGUUGUUUACCUAACGCGGUUGUUUGGUGAUCUUAGAACGAUACGCCGCGAUUUUAAUCCCGGUGAGAAGUGCACGACGAUCAGAGGCCAAGAUGCCGCGUUGUUACAUGGUAAAGAAGGCCUUGUGCAACAAGUACAUAAGCAGCGUUGCCAGAGGAUUCGAGAGCUGGGGUCGCGGAAGGAGCACGCCAUCGCCAACCACCAUGCAGCUGCUCGUCUCACCCACUGAGGGGCACGUUGCACCCCCUGUUGCACAAGAAUGUCCCGAUACGCAACCCAUGGUUUCCGCCGUGCCCGAUGCUAAGUCCUUGAAGGAAGAAGCAUCGAGCGAUGCGGACGCAAGGACCACAUCAACAGCGACCACGACAUCGUCAUCAUCAUCGUCAUCAUCACCAUCAUCGUUAUCCGUUAUUUCCACAGAUGCAAUAUCCGCAACAGAUUGCUCGAUGACAACGCGAAUGGAGACGACCACCAUGAUCACCGUGCCAUCAUGCACGUCUCCGAUGACUCCAUCGCCGACCGAAUCGAUCGUCUCUCCCGUUGAGAAAAUGACAGCGAUGACGACGGUCGUCCCAUCCUUACCUUCGCCGAGCGUCGUGCGAACGUCCUCUGGCAGGCCCGAGGCCGCGAUCGCGACGACGUCCAUCGCGAUGCUGUAUCAUCCAACUUCCGUCGGAGAAUCGUCUUCCGCCAUCUCCAGCACGUCGGCGACGUCCUAUCAUCUGGAAGACACUCCGGAGCACUCGAGGACAGCCAACGACUUCAGGAUACGACUCGCGCCCGCGUCCUGCGGCGUGCUUAUGCCCAGCCACGUGUCCUCCAUGUUCAAGGAUCGCUCCGCGGCGGAGACGGAGGCGGCGCACGAUCUUCUCGAGCUGUCGCGAUCGCUGCCACCCUUGCCACCGCCGAGCGUCGCCAUCGGUCCUCAGAGCGUGAUCGAGGCGCCGGCGAGCGACGUCCAGGAGAUGACGGUCUAUCAACCUGCUGAGCAACCGAUUUAUCAGGUGAAUACGAUCGAUCUAGCUGGCUCGACCAUCUACGGCCAUCAUCAUCAUCAGCAACAGCAACAGCAGCAGCAACAGCCUGCCGCGGCCGCCGGCAUCAUCUACGAGCCCAGUGCGACCAUCGUACCACCCUCGGGCAGCGUCUUCAUACCUUUGUCGCCGGUACAGGAGAUUCUGCUCACGUAUAGCACGUCCACCAUACCGUGCACGUCGAUCGUCGCUCAACAACCGCAGCAUCAGCCGCCGCCACUGCCCCCGCAGCAGCAGCAACAGCAACAAUCGCAGCAACAACCGUUGCAACAGAUCGAAGCGACGCCGCCGUUGACGCCACCAACUUCCGAGUGUAGUAGCGACAUUGAAAACAGCAACCCAAACUCGCAGCCGACGCAAAGGGACAAGGAGGUGCAGACCAUCACCGAGCAGACGGAAGGGGUGAAACCGGCUAGUUAUACGUAUGACACGUUGCUUGUCUCAGACGGCAGAUCGAAAAACAAGAAGGCGCCCCCAGUGCAGAAGAAUCAGGAGACAGAACCGAUCGAGACACCCGAGACCUCCAAGACCGGACGUUAUAUGUGCUGCGAGUGCGGCAAGCAAUACGCGACCUCGUCGAAUCUGUCGCGGCACAAGCAGACGCAUCGCAGCAUCGACUCGCAAUCGGCCAAGAAGUGCAUCCACUGCGGCAAGGCGUACGUCAGCAUGCCCGCCCUGGCGAUGCACGUGCUCACGCACAAGCUCACACACAGCUGCGGCGUAUGCGGCAAGAUGUUCUCGCGACCCUGGCUGCUGCAGGGUCAUCUGCGCAGCCACACCGGCGAGAAGCCAUACGGAUGCGCCCACUGCGGCAAGGCGUUCGCCGACCGCUCGAACCUACGGGCCCAUAUGCAGACUCACUCGGCCGACAAGAACUACGAGUGCCACAAGUGUCACAAGUCGUUCGCCCUCAAGUCUUACUUGAACAAGCACCUGGAGUCGGCGUGCCAGCGCGAGAACGAGAGCGAUGGCAGCUACGACGUCGACGCGCCGUCAUAGGACGUGAUCGGGAUGUCGGGGGCGACCGUGGACGGCGAUUAUAGAUAGAACGGGCUAAUGACUUGCUGUCACUGUCAAGAAGAGCUUCAGCUCUUUUGUGCAUCGCAGACGACGAUCAGACGUCGAAUCUCCGGUAACAUCCAAUUUCAACGGGUAUCUCUCGGUAAGCGCAAAGUAAUUCGAUUUACUCGUCGGCUUUAAACGUCGCGGGAUGGGCGAAAGGCGACAAAAAUCUCAGCGGCUGCUACUGGGAACGAGGACGAGAAGGUAAUUGACAUAUCGGCGUCUCUGAAUCUCGCGCUCGUCUCCUCCAUUCGUGGAGAGGAAAGAAGUUUCUCUGAAUAUUUCACCGCGCCUCGCUUCUCUCAUAUUUCGCUCGCUUCUAUUUUUAAGAUCAUUUUCCCGAUUCUCUCCUUCUCCUUGACGCCGGAAGAUCGAGAAGAGAGCUCCGCGUAUUUUUAACAAACAAAUACUUUGGCUAACGAGAAUCGAUGGAAUCAUUAAUUUUUCAAUCGUUACCGGCUACAUUUUCCGAUAAAGUUUCGCCUAUAAUAAACUUCAAUUCCUUCGUAAAAAAACGAAACGAACUUUAUGUUUGAUUUCUCCAAAUGGCUAUUUCCCGAAUAAAGCGUCAGAGAGCGUAAUAAAAAAGAAACUCGCCGACUAUCUCUUUCUUCGAUGCACAGAGAAACUUCUUUUCCAUCAGCGAAAAGAUCUGUAUUCUGAUUCGCUAGUUAUUUUUAGGCGAGUCUGCCGCGUAAGGAUGUCCCGAUGUAAAGCGAUAUCAAUAUUUCAAUAUGUUUGGGCAUCCUCUCGCGCCGAAGAUCGAUAUGAUAGCAGAUACCCCAUCUCAUUUCGUGAAUUCGCAAGAACGACGAAUCGAGAUGCUCUCUCGGAAUGAGCAGCGAUAAAGUCGAUUGCGAAAAAUAGUGCAAUAAGUUUCUUACGUAGCUUUAAAGAAGCACUUUUUUCAUUCAUCUUUGCUCGACGAGGGAAGUUUUACUCGUUACUUUUUUC